AUGACAGUAACCGAAGUAGGGUGCAUGGGUGUUAAGCCCGGUUUGAGCCCCAUGGACGACUCUACACCAGAAGGAUCGUUUCUCUCAGGAGCGUACAGGGCUGUGACGGUUGCAGAGGGAGGGCCAUAUCGUGCAUUCUGGGGCACGGAGAUUGAGAAUCCAUUGCUGUUAUGGGGAUUCUUCGACUUUGACUCGGUUGAACACCAUGAAGUGUUUGCGAAGCUCCACGGCGCCGAAAUUGUGAAGGACUUGCCUGCUUUGCUUACCCAUGGGGAGUUCGUUAAGCACUUGUCUUUCACGCCUUCGUCUUCAGUCGCGCUUCAAUGCCCUGUGACCGAGCUCGUUCUCGUGCACUUCCCCGGAGAUGUCUCUGCAGAGGUGAGGGCAGAGGCGACUAUAAGUGUCAGACAAAUUUUAACCGACAACUUCCAAACGUGUGUUGAAGUUACUGCCGUCAGCUGGGGAUGGAGCGUGGAGAACGACUUCCCUAUAAGAGGUCAAAGUGGUAAUACGGGUGCGGUUCUUGCAGCUUUGAUAGGUUGGGGCAGUGCUGACGGGCAACGAGUCUUCUACCAGACGGAGAUAGGGGAGAGGGCGAGACUUGGUAUGAACUCGAUUCAGGGCGCUAUCACGGUAACCAGAGUUUCUGUUCGCUUUCGGUACUCAGGGAGGAAAUGA